AUGUGGUAAAGCCAUAGCUUUUGAGCAAAGCCAUCCAGACUCUGUUGUUGGUACUACAGUCAUACCUUGGGUUGAAUGUGCUUCGGGUUGAGUGUGUUCGAGUUGCGCUCUGCAGCAACCUGGAAGUAACGGAGCGCGUUACUUCCGUGUUUCACCGCUCGUGCAUGCACAGAUGCUCAAAAUGACGUCAUGCGCAUGUGCGGAAGUGGCAAAACACGACCCGCGCAGACACGCUGUUGCGGCUUACGUUGGGUUCAGGAUGCGAACGGGGCUCCGGAACAGAUCCCGUUCGCAUCCCAAGGUACCACUGUACUGAGAUAGCUGAGUUUGUAGAGACAGGGUUGUGGGUUCAAGCCCCAUGUUGGGCAAAAAGUUUUCUGCACUGCAGAGAGUUGGACUAGAUGACCCUCAUGGUCCCUUCUAGGUCUAAAAUUCCAUGAAGUGGGACUUCUGAGUGAGUAUGGAUACAAUUUGGUAUCACAUCUUAUUACUUUUUUGACAUGAUGCAGGCACUGUUCCACAUUCAUAGAGAUGAAGGAGAAGGGCUUGGGAUUUGUGUAGCUGUUUAAUAGUUGCAGCCUCUCUUUCAUAAAGCAUGAAGUCUGCUCAAGCGAAUAGAGCUUAUGUGAGAAGAAUGCAGUAGUUGGACCUGUCUAGUCACUUUUGCAGCCGAGGAGGUUUUGUGCACAUGCCAUCAUCCAUGCUAAAUUGUAUUUAAUUCAGUGAGAGAUGCAUGCAAAGGAUCACACCAGGGUCAGGGCCAUCAUUAGGCCAAGUAGGCAGCUAUCUAGGGUGCAGAUCUCUGAGGGGCGCAGUACUGACCUUUGAGGGGCACUGUUUUAUACAGAUUAGUUUUUGUUAUAUGUUCUAAACAAAAUGUUUACUUGGUAUUUUUCUUGGCAUUCUGUGGUUCAUCUGAAAAGUUGUACAGUGCUGGCAUAGGAUUCUUUUUAAAAAAACUUGUAGAAUUAUCUAGCCCUUUUUGAUCCUAUCACAAAUGAACAUUUGCACAGGGAAAGAUCAAGAAACAAUGGUUGCUACCUGGGAAAAGAUAUCCAAAAUGAGCUUACCGUAUAUAGCUUCUAGUAGAUGUUGCAAAGCAGAACAACUUAGCAUAUGCAAACUCAGCCAAAUACUACUCAAUUAUUCUGGACUGCACACCUGAUGUUAGUCACACUGAACAACUUACGAUGAUUGUAUAUUAUGUUGAUGCUAUCAAGCCACAGAUAAUGAGAUGUCUGAGCCUGAGGUUAUCAUAAGAGAACAUUUCUUGGGAUUUGUUCCACUAUAAAGGAGACUACAGGUGCCUUUAUGACAGAAACUCUUCUUAGACAGCUUGAGCAAAUGGGAUUAACAAUUGAGAACCUUGUGUGGUCAAAGUUACGAUGAUGGAAGUAACAUGAAAAGCAAAGAAAAUGGCAUACAAAACAGAGUCUGGGACAUAAACCCAUGUUCCCUUUUUGUGCCCUUCAAUGCACACUCUUUAAACUUGGUAGUCAAUGCUGCUGCUAAAUGUUAUUUGGAAGCAACCAGUUUCUUCAGUUUGGUUCAACAGAUUUCUAAUUAUUUCUUUGCAUUGACUCAGCAUUGGAAAAUUCUAACUAGCCAUGUAUCACACUUAGGCAUCGGUUAAGCCAAGGAAUACAUCUCUUUAUACUACAACAAAAACUCCAGGAUAACGUGCCUAAUGUUUCUGUUGCUCUAAGAAUACUUCCCACACUUCCAGUGUCAAUGGCAAGUGGUGAACACAAUUUCUCAAAGCUCAAACUUAUAUAAACUUACAUUUUGCAAGUAGUUGGCUUGGUAGCUAUAUGAAUUGAACAUGCUCAAGUAUCAGCACUUCACUUGAAGGAAUUGGUGACAAAAUUAUCAAAGGAAAAGGCACACAAAGUGAGAUUUUGAUGUGCCUGAAAUUGAAACUUUUAGAAGACUAAUUGUUUUAACAUCACAAUUCACACAGUUGUUCAAAAUGGUUUGUGUGCUAAAAUAAAUUUAGCAGUUUCAAGUUUUGUGCUUUUCAUUUUUUCAACAAGACAUCUGUUUUUGAAAAUUGAUGUUAGCAAUUUUGGAGUAGUGGGGGUGGGGAGUGCAAGUAGUUAGCCUGGACUAGGGUGCAAAAUUGCCUGGGACCGGGGCUGGACCACAACAAGACAGUUUGCUUCUCCUGUGACUGUUUGAUCAUGCUAUGGAAGUGUGAAUCCCAGCAUCCUUUGUAACAAGCCAUGUCUACUGAUGGUGCUGUGUAAAUAACAAUCCCGGUUGUACAGAAUUGGCAGGGCCAAACUAGAUGUGCUACUACAAGAUGUGCAUAUUUGUACAUAUGUCCCCUGAAUUUAUUCAGGUAUUUGUACCCUGUUUUUCCAAGCAAGAUGUCUUCCAAGCAGCAUACAAUGCCUUCAUAGAGCAGGAUACAAUAUCUACUACAAAUGGUCUCUAAGGUGCUACUGGACAAUUUUUUAAUUUAUUUUGACUGCGUCAGACCAACACAGCUACCUACCUGGAUAUAUAGUAUGUGUGUGCUGCCUACAAUAAACUCUUAGGUGUGUGUGUUGUUGAACAAUGUUCACUUUAUGAUUUUCUAAAUUACUAGUGUGUGCUUUAUGGUGAAAUGGCCAACAAACACCCUAGAGCAAAUUUAGGAUGCCAAAGAUUAUUGAUAAGAGAGAUCACAGUGUGAUUUUGGCUCAUGCCUUCCAGUUAGCAUAACAGCCCUCUCCUUGCAUUGCAGAGAAAGUGACAAAAUUUAUUAGGGACUUAGAAGAACUGUGUGGAUCAUUAAAUACCUGAUCCAUUUUAGCAAAUCUAUGGGAACAGAGUGUUUAAGCUUUACAGUGGAGCAUCUCUGAAAAAUGGUCGCUCACACAGGAAGAAGGCAAAAUUUCAAGUGGGUAAAGAACACUGUGUAACUGGAACAAAUGACUUGUUUUCCAAGCCAUAAUAUAGCUAGGGCUACCCUAAAAGCAGGUCAGUGUCAACUUUGACUAUGAAGGAAUUAGAAAGCAAGAAGGGGGGUGGUAUAGCCUGAGAUGCCUUAAUGCAUGGGUAGCAAACAGGCCCAGGUGCCAAAUCUGGCCUGUGGAUGGUCCAGGAAUCAGCGUGUUUUUACAUGCGUAGAAUGUGUCCUUUUAUUUAAAAUGCAUCUCUGGAUUAUUUGUGGGGCCUGCCUGGCGUUUUUGCAUGAGUAGAAUGUGUGCUUUUAUUUAAAAUGCAUCUCUGGAUUAUUUGUGGGGCAUAGGAAUUCGUUCAUUCACCCCCCCAAAAAAAUAGUCCGGCCCCCCACAAGGUCUGAGGGACAGUAAACCGGACCCCUGCUGAAAAAGUUUGCUGACCCCUGCCUUAAUGCUUGAUGCGCUGAGUCACCUUUUCAGACUUUGUUGAAGUACACUGCUAGUAUGAGAAGAAGAGGAAUGUGGCUCAGGAUCCCAGUAUUUCAAGUACCACCUCCCCCCCAUGAACCAACCAGUACAUGGCAUUCAUCAUCUGAUGUGCUUCUUUUUGUGCCCUGUGUGAAACACGCCUGGUACCAUCAUUGUCUGUUUUUAGGAGCCAGGCAAAAACAUUUACUCAGGCUUUUGGUUUUCAGUUAGAAGGGCAGUUAGAUAUGCCAGUGGCCUUUGUUGUGCUUUCCUUGAGUGUUUUUGCCCUGCUAGAAUAUGUCCUGGAACUCUUCUUACUUGCCUGUCUUGAAGAUAGGGAGGUUCGUGGAAAGCAGCCUACCAUACGAAGGAAAAAAUUAUGCUCAGUGCUCACUUUUGCAUCCAGCCCCAACUGGCAUGGAGCCCUUGGAAGGUGGCCUACAAAGGUAAGUGGGCCCUCAGGCUGAAAUGGCUUCCCCACCCUUGUACUGGAAUGUGUAAGGUAGUGCCACAAUCCUCCAGGAGGCUCCACAGGAAAUGCUCUGGCAGCACCUGAAACAGCAGAAAUGUCAGCCAUGAAGUUCUUAGUUCUUGGCACACACCUGGCAAUGGAAGCAGUGUUGCACUAAAAGCUAAAGCUUCUUAUCAUGUGUUUGUAUUUUAUAGGGGUAGGGGGAAAGGAUUUUUAAAAUAUAUUUUUGAUUUUUUAAAAUAUAAUUUAUCAAUUUAUAAUCUAUCAAUCUUCAAGGUGUUGUGAGACUCCUGUGGUGUGUGGAAUUCUCCCAAGGUAACACUGGAUGUUUUUAGUUAUGUCAAGUGAUGUUGAAUCAAGUUUUUCUGUAAGACUGUGCCGCCUAACUUUUUUGACGGCCUAUCUAUCUAUCUAUUACCCUAUUCUUCAUCCAAAGAGCUUUGGACAAUGCACAUGGUUCCCCCUUUCUCCUAACAACAAUUUUGUGCAGUAGGCUAAAUGAUUACUAGACCGCACCUAAAAUUUUUGUGUCUAAUGGUGUCCCUUAAAGUGAUGGAGGGCUCAUGGACCCAAACAGUAGAAAGGAGAUUUUUGUUGUUGUUUGUUACCUCUCUUGCUGCAGCACUCUGCAUCAUCCUUCUUGUCCCAAAGGGCUCCCUAACCCUCUGGCACAUCGGGGAAAUUGGCAAAAAAAAUCCCUCCCUCCCUAUUAUACUGAUGGAAGCCUCAAUUGGAUUAAGUACAAAGGACACCUUUGAAUGCAAGCAAUGGUGGUUCUUGUUUAACUCCAUCUCCAACUACUGUAUUUCACAGGGACCAGCCAAUAAACUACCCAAUGCAAAAUGAAAAUACCCACAAGACAUAAAAGAAGUAGAAGGAUCCAGGAAAGGGAAUAAAGUGAUAUACGUUCUGAGCAUAUUGUGGCUUAGUUGCAAAGCUGAUAGCUCAGCAAGGAUACCUGGGAUCAAUUCACACAUUCAGUCAUUAUCAAGUGACAUUUUGGUUAGGUUAAACAUCUGCUACACUCCAGCAAUUGUCCACACAGCCUUCUGUGUCAUAAUAAAGGGAGCCUGUUUACCUAGAUCAAAAUCCCAAGAAUAUAUAAGUCCCAUUGAUGAGAAUACUUUAAGCGCAUAACUUGAUAGCUGCCCUAUCACCAACCACACAAGGUAGUCCUUACAGUAGUCUAGUGUAAGAUGUCCCACUCUGAGCCGCUAUUUAUAGCAGAGAAUCAUCAUUGCCAGCAACACUAAGUUUGACAGGGAAGUACAAUGACUAUAUUUAUAAAAAAGCUGAAUAGUUUUCCACCUCUAGAGGGACCACCAGGAUCAAAGAUUAGGCAUGCCAGCUCACUUGAGGAAAUCCUCACUGUUAUGCAACAACCUUUCUAUUUAUUCUCUUGGUGUGGCAUAUUCAGAGAUCACCAGGUGGGGAAAACUAUAAGGGGUUAAAAUCAGGUUGUCAUCAGAGUCAAGGUUUCCUAGCUGAGCCGCCUUGGGUUUUAGCAAGGCCAUUAACUGAUUGGUACCAGCAUUACAUUAUCUCAGUGCAGAGAGUUCUAUUGAAGGCAUUGGAGAAAAAUACUGUUAAGAGUUCCGUUUAGAAUACACACUCAUUUUGUUUCACCUAAUCUGGAAUUAUUCACACUCAUCCUCAAUAUGCCGCUGCUGCUGCGAACAACAACAACAACAACAACAACAACAACAACAACAACAACAACAACAGCAUAUUAUUUAUACCCCGCCCAUCUGCCUGGGUUUCCCCAGCCACUCCGGGUGGCUCCCAACAGAAUAUUAAAAACACGAUAAAACAUCAAACAUUAAAAACUUCCCUAAACCGGGUUGCCUUCAGAUGUUUUCUAAAAGUCAGAUAGUUGUUUAUUUCCCUGACAUCUGAUGGGAGGGCCUUCCACAGGGCAAGCACAACUACCUAGAAGGCCCUCUGCCUUCAGGUUCCCUGUAACCUCUCUUCUCUCACUGAGGGAACCACCAGAAGGCCCUCAAAGCUGAACCUCAGUGUCUGGGCUGAACGAUGGGGUGGAGACGCUCCUUCAGGUAUACUGGGCUGAUGCCGUUUAGAGCUUUAAAGGUCAGUAUCAACACUUUGAUUGUAUCUAGAUUUUGCCUUCCACAAGGGUGUGUGUGGCUAUUUGAUAUGUGUUUGAAAAUCCUCCCCUUGAUUGGGUUAUCCAUACCAUUUUCUCCCUGCACAUACCCCUGGGUAAAUGAUAAAGGAAGUGCUAAGUGUGAUCUUGGUAUAUACCCACCCACAAUGUCACUGGGCAGGUGUGGACACAUCACCACCAUGUCCAAUGCUUGGGCCACCUACAUCUGGUUUCUUCUGUUUUAAAAUGGUCAUGGGGGUGUGCUUUUCAAGUGGACGCUUCUCGUCACCUCAGGAUGGAGAAGCGGGGAAAGCACAUAGCAUUAAGCCCUGGUUUAAUGUUAUAUCUGAAUAUGAGCUAAAGGGUCAAUUGCUAUAGUCUUCGAGUUUAUUUCAUUUUUUUGUCAUAUGAAACUGUGGUAACAACAUUUCAAAAUAGGCUCAUUUCUUUUCCUCCUUGCAUUCAUCCUCCUUAUAACUCUACUCAACAUUCAUUACUGUAGAGAGAGAAACAAGGUGUGGUAGUUUUGAAUUAUUUUUGUCUCAUUCUAAAAAGAAACACAGUGUUAUUUCAUAAACUGCUGUUAUUUUAGCUGCCGAUUCUACUCAUGGCCCACUUCCUGCCCCUUUCAACUUUAUAGCGGACCUGCCAACUUGCCCACUUUGGCCAGAUUCAUUUCCUUAUACCAUAGGAAUGGCAAUGUUGUUAAUUAAGAUAAACUGCCCACGAGCUAAACAGGCUUGGUAUAUGACACUGCAGCACCUUCAAACACUGCCAGCUUUCUCUGCAAGUGAUGGAGUUCAUUCGUAAAUUAGCUUGCCAUCCUGGCAAGACCUUGGAUUUGAGUUAACUAGUUGGCCAGGUUGACCAGUUUCUUUCAUGACUGCAAAGUAGCUCUUUUGCUUGGGAAGUGGGAAGGAGUAGGGAAUUCAAACUUUCCCUCUUUCAAAGGUUGGAAGCUAUGUAAAUAUUCUUUCCCCUUGUGGGAAUUUUGCUAUCUUUUGAAAAGCAAGUAUGUGGAGUCCAGGUGGUCCACUGUAGUGUUGUACUUUGGCUUACAGCAGGCAUAGGCAAACUCAGCCCUCCAGAUGUUUUGGGACUACAGCUCCCAUCAUCCCUAGCUAACAGGACCAGUGGUCGGGGAUGAUGGUAAUUGUAGUCCCCAAACUGCUGGAGGGCCAAGUUUGGCCAUGCCUGGCUUACAGGGACCUCUUUAAUUGGGUCUCUUUACUGAGCUAUAACAUCUGCAAUGUUACAUCCAGCGUCUUUCGGUUGCUGUAGUUCUGAGAGGGAGGAUUAUUCUGCUUUCUUUCCAGUAACAUCUUGUGCAAUUUGAAGUUACGGUAAGUACAGGCCUCCACAAUCUUUCGCCUUCUUAUCUGAAGGCUGGCAUGAAGUUGUUCCUUAUAUUUUACCACAUCCAUUGUACUUAAAACAACAAUUAAAUAGUAUUUCCUUAGUUAAAUGUGGAAGUCCUUUCCCCCCCUUACACUGCUAUUCUUCCUCAAAACAUGUUAAACUAAGGCCUGCAGGAAUCAGUGGAACUUCCACCUAACAGGCUUAAGCCAGGAAAUGGUACCUUGCUUAUGUCUUGCUUGAAAUUGCUAGACCUUAAGCACUACACUAUAAUAUAUUCAAAGAUCUGAUCCUUUGCUCACUCUCUAGGGAGUAAUUACCAUUUGAGUCAACGAUCCUUACUUCCAUGUACGUUAUGGGAUAAAGCUGCAUGUCAUACUGAUUUCAAGGUACCAUAAACGUGAUUGACUGCUUUCCUAGUGCCCUCCAACCUGAUGGACCUUAUUCCAUUUUUGCUAGGCCUCUGGUGAAUGGCAGGAAGCUGUGCAGGCCACUGAAGCUGUGUCUCUUAACCACCGGAGAUAUUAUUCCUACCAAAGAAGGAUGGGGCUGGCAGGAUCAGUCAGAAGGGAAGGGAAUAGAGGACCCUGUGAAUGGAAAAGGAGAGAGUCCAUGUAUUGAGCUGGGAGAGGUCCCUACCCUGUUAUUGCUAGAUGUCACCAAGCAGGAUGGGGAAGCAAUUGAGACAGUCCUUACCCCAUCUCUGGACAAUGGGAUGUCCACUGUAGCUGAGGAGGCAGCCGGCUCACUCACAGAAGUGGAGGAAAAGCCAGAGGAACUGAUGUGAGUUCCAUCACCAAGGACAGACUGCCAUCUGUAUUGGCACAAACAGACUCUGCCCAUUUACUGGAGUGCACACUUGAAAGGUCAGUCUUCUCAUUGGCGAUGAGAAUUGCACAAUCCCCUCCACCUAAAAAGGAAAGCGGGUGAGGCAUGUCAAGUGCUGGAACAGAAUAUUAGCUAACGCCUGGUCAUGAAUCUUACAGACUUGCUUAUAGACCUAUGAAUUGUGUAACCUGUAAAGGUAAAGGUACAGGACCCCUGGACAGUUAAGUCCAGUCAAAGGCAACUAUGGGGUGUGGUGCUCCUCUCGCUUUCAGGCCAAGGGAGCCACUGUUUGUCCACAGACAGCUUUCUGAGUCAUGUGGCCAGCAUGACUAAACCGCUUCUGGCUCAACCACAUACCGUGACAGAAACCAGAGCGCACUGAAACUCUGUUUAGCUUCCCAUCGCAGCGGUACCUAUUUAUCUACAGUGGUAACUCGGGUUAAGAACUUAAUUCGUUCUGGAGGUCUGUUCUUAACCUGAAACUAUUCUUAACCUGAAGCACCACUUUAGCUAAUGGGGCCUCCUGCUGCCGCUGUGCUGCCGCUGCACGAUUUGUGUUCUCAUCCUGAAGCAAAGUUCUUAACCUGAGGUAAUAUUUCUGGGUUAGCAGAGUCUGUAACCUGAAGUGUAUGUAACCUAAAGCGUAUGCAACCCAAGGUACCACUGUACUUGCACUGGCAUGCUUUCGAAGUGCUAGGGUGGCAGGAGCUGGGACAGAGCAACAGAAGCUCACUCCGUCAUGGGGAUUUGAACCACUGACUUUCCGAUUGGCAAACCCAAGAGGUUCAGUGGUUUAGACCACAGCACCAUCCAUGUCCCCCUGUAAUCUGUACCUUAAGCUAAUGCUGAGACCUCUUGCCGAUUUCUUGAAAGAAUCUCUUGGAGUUUCCUGGAGCUGAGAGUCCAAGUACUGUCCCUGAGGGUGGGAGCCAGGAUGGAAAAAACACACACCAUUCCGUGUUCUCCUCCAUUUUCUGGGCAAGUUGCCUAGAAGUUUGUUUAUAGACAAGAGGGGUUUGAAUAAAAUGUAAAUUUCGUGGAUUUGAAGCCAGUUAUAUCUUGGUCUAUUCAUUUUCUUUUAUUUCUGGACCUAAUAUUGGAAGUGAAUUCCUUCUUUUUUUAACCCCACAUAUGCUAGAAACCCUUUUCUCUCUAGUGUCUAGCCACUAUACAGGGCAUUUAUUUUUAUAGAGAUGAACAAGGGAUGGGAGAGAAAAGGAACAGUCCAAGUUCCUACUGUAAUUCAACUCCUACUCUGAUACAUUUGAUUGGUCCAGUUUGGAAUAUUUAUAUAAAUUUGUGUAGAAGCCUUUAAAUUGUCUAACAAUUUCUAGAGUUUGGUUAGUUUCACCAUCUUCUUUUAAUUUCAUUCAGGCUACUUUCUGGUUGUAAAUUUCCAGGUUAAAUUUCCUUGCCAGUAAUAACUUCUGCAGUAGAAGAUACUCUGUUUUGCCUCUUCAAGUACCAACACUGUUGUUGUUUUUUUACAUUGGGAAAUGUGUGAUCUAUGUUCUUUGAAUAUAUUGUAAUAUAGAGCACGUAUGCUUUUACAAUUAAGAAUGCCCUGCUCUCCCUCAAAUAUUAAAAAUGGUUUUACAAUUAAACUCCUUGCAGUGCUGAGCAGCCCGGGCACGAUGUUGUUUCUGAAAGUCUUCCAUCAAUGAAGGAUGGUUCACAGAAGAGUCUUCAGGGCUGAGUGCGUGUGUGUGUGUGUGUGUGUGUGUGUGUAGGUUUAUAGCAGUAAUGCAAGAAUCGUUCAUCACUUUUGAUAUUUUAUUACGUUUCAACCACAUAUGAUGUUGUACGGUAAUAUUUUCUUAAAAGUUUCAAGUACUGGGAGACCGUAUAUAUAUAUGUAUGUGUAUGUAUAAGAUUUAUGUUCUGCCAAACCUAUAUAAUCACUACUGUGGCACCAGCUGGAAGGUGUAAGACCUCAAAGCGAGAAGCUGCAGUUGUAAUUUAAAUGAAGAUAUUUUUGUUUCAUUUUCUUGCUGAAGGAUUUGCUAGCCAGCAACCAAUCUUGCUGUGAUCCUUUUCAAACCCCUGAAAAUUUGGUUCCUCUCUCUUGCCUUCCAUGGUGGCAGGAGAGAGAAAAAGGCAAGGAGGAACUUUGCUGAUUUACAUUAGAAAACUCACGUGUUUGAAUUAUGGAAUAAAUGGGAGGGAGUCCUUAAAGAAACCCAAAACUUCCAUCUCUCCUCUCCACAAUUUUAGCCACCCAAAAGUAAAGCUAAGAGGCCCCGCACAAUGUGUUAAGGGGUCCACGCCCUUGCAUGGGCGUAGCCAGGAUUUUUGUUAAAGGGGGCACAACUUCAGUUUGCUAUGUACUUUUACUGAUUUUUAUUGAUUUAAGGGGGGGCAGCUGCCCCUCCCCUGACCCCCUGGCUACGCCCAUGCCCCCUUGUAAUUCAAGGACUGCAGAAGAAAGUGUUAUGGGCAGUCAUAAUGCUAGCAACCACCCAUUCACCAACCUCAAUUUUUGAGCAGCUCACCAUAAUCUCCACUUGAAAAAUACAGUUAAUAGCACUGGAGCUGCCCUGUGAUCAGGCAGCAUUUUAAAUAUUCCAUCAAAUUUUUCAAGCCCCGAUGUGCUUCAUUUUUAUCCCUGCCUGGAAACUUAAGAGUGUUUUGAAUACUUUUUUUUUUGGGGGGGGGGGGGGGGAGAUGAAUUCAGAUUGGCUGCUCCCAGGUUUAUGAUUGGGAAAACAUAAAAGGCAGUGGUAAUUUCUUAUUCAAAAGUCACCACAGUCCCUCAAAAGAUACUGUCAUGUUAUUACAAACAAAAGGAAAAGAGGGACAUGAAAGCAAAUGGCUGCCUUCUGAUCUUAUUGCAGUGCUUAUGAUGCCAUGUACAGUAGUUAGUUUCAUUUUCCCUGUCUCUCACCCCCUCCCCCUUAGUCUGGGUGUGUAUUUGCAUCUGUUAAAAGUGACUAAAUACUGGGACCAGCUCAGUAACAUAGUUCAUAUGUCUGUAUCGUAGUGUUAGUUCAGAUUAUGUCUCUGCUACUCUCAGAGGUCCAGAUUCUAUCCAAUUUCCAGCUGAGGUCAUUGCAUAACAAGAUCAGCCAGGCUUCCCAAGGUUACUUGGUAAGUGGUUCUCCUGGGAUUACAGCUCAAGUUCUCUAUACAUCCAAUCCGUUAUACUGUCCAAUGUUAGUUUCCUUCUACUCAUACACAAUUCAUAUUUUUUUUGGUGGGGGAGGGGGAAGAAAUGCUAUUCCAUUUUUGAGGCUGCAAAGUAGAAUGUUAUAUUGGAGAUACACACACAAAAUGGCAGCCAAACAGUUUGCUUGUGGCGUUCGUCAUCUUCAUUCCAAUGCAGUGACUCAUCUCAUUACCCGGAAGGCCAUCCUGGGUUGUUUCCUCUCUUAUGCAUUAUACAUGUACCAUCAAUGUUUUCCUGAACAGCACCAAAAGGACACUUUCUCAGCUCAGCCAUUAAUGGCCUUGGGUAUCAUUUCACAUCUGCAGCAUCUUUGCUCAGCAAACUGAUCCUCAGUUAGCACACAAUGAGCAUGAACUUUCUGAAAAGCUGUAUAUUACACUCAUCCCUUUUUUUUUUAAUCCUUUAUAUGUCUCAGAGGUCAGCAGCGAAGUUCACGUAUUUCAGUGAUCCUUGGGAACAUCCCCAAAGUUCAUUCCCUAUGGCUUGGUUUUAUUUACUCCAUUUUUAGGACCUGUUACUUUCACAGCUGUAUGAGAAGUCCAGAAAGCAAAGCUUUCCCGGGGAAAUAGAGACCUUUCUCUACCAAGCACUUACCUGCUGAAUCAUUGUUUCUCACCUAACUGUGACCCAUCAGAGGAGAGGGAAAAUGUUUGCAAUUCUAGGAUCUAAAAAAAAUAAGAAGUGAAAUUUGUCCAGAAGAUCAGCUUUCAUUCCUGAGGAGUAGAAAGUGAUCAAUAUUUUUUAAAUAUAUAAAAGGAUUCUAGUGGGAUUCUGGGGAAUUAGAGGCUGUUCUGGAAAAACUAAUGAACAGCAGUGUUAAAGAUAUAAUUACUAAACACAUCGAUGAAAAGGUUGUGCCAAAGCAUGGCUCCUGCAAGGUUAGGACCUCUCUCACCUUUUAGAGUUCUUUAAAAAUACACACAAGCAUACAGAUAGUGGUGAUCCAAAAGGGACGUGGGUGGCGCUGUGGUCUAAACAACUGAGCCUCUUGGGCUUGCCAAUUGGAAGGUCGGCGGUUUGAAUCCCCACAACAGGGUGAGCUCCUUUUGCUCUGUCCCAGCUCCUGCCAACCUAGCAGUUUGAAAGCAUGCCAGUGCAAGUAGAUAAAGAGGUACCACUGUGGUGGGAAGGUAAACUGCAUUUCUGUGCGCUCUGGUUUCCGUCAUGGUAUUCGGUUGCGCCAGAAGCGAUUUAGUCAUGCCGGCCACAUGACCCAGAAAGCUGUUUGUGGGCAAAUGGUGGCUCCCUCGGCCUGAAAGCGAGAUGAAUGCCCAACCCCAUAGUCACCUUUGACUGGACUUAAGCGUCCAGGAAUCCUUUACCUUUUACCUUUUAGUGGUGAUCCAGUUGACAUUGUGUGCUUGGACUUCCAAAAAGCUUUUGACAAAGUAUCACGCCAAAGACUCCUGAGUAAGGUUAGCAGUCAUGGAAUAACAGGCAAGGUUCCUCUUGUAGAUCAGGAAAAAGUCUGGAUAACAGGAAGCAGAAAGUAGGAAUACAUCCUGUUUGUUUGGUGCAUGGGACAGUAGGGCAAUGACUGAACUGAUUACAGCUCAGGAAUCAUAUUCAGCUGUCAGGAUGGACAACAAAUCAGGUUGUCUGGGCAUUACCACAGAUUCAUUCUCAUCUCUGCUGUUAUGAGAAUUAUAAGGUCUAAGAUAUAAAAUAAAUGUUCAUAAAUGUACAAGGCAAACACAUACAUAAGUAUAUAAACCAUGUGUCUGAAAUAGUACAGGAAGAAACCGUGAAGCCAUUUUGACUCUCCCAAAUUGACCAAAAAUAUUUCUCUGCAAGGAGGAAGGAAAUGGGAGAAGCUUUCCAGUUGUCUUUGUACUUCAGGGGCUUACACCUCCCUGUAAAUACAGUCUGGCAAGUACCUGUUAAGCUGAGCACACUAUCGAUAUGCGUAAGAGAUUCAGGAACUAAGUAUUUACCAUCUCAAAGGAAUGGCCAGGCUACGCAGAAAAGGCAAUAAGAUAAGGCAUUAUCAGGUAUCCUGGCAGACAAGAGAGAAGCAACACAGUCAAAUUUCUGCUGGGGACCACCUCUUUCUGUGAUGUAUGUAUGGUGUUUUGGGGGGUGGUCUUGAGCUUCAGGGCAGGCAAUUUCAAAAGUCUAUAUAAGAGCUUGCACACCAAUGUUCUGGGUUCCUCUCCUCCCUCCCUGCGUGGGGGAGUGGGGGACCCUGUUGCAACAGGUUAAUAAAGACCAUGCUUACUAGCUGCUUUGCGUCUCAAUAUUCUCUGGUUGGCCUCUGUUAUUUUCUCCUACCGAUAGAGAACCUACAUAAGGACUCCAUACAGGCUCUUGAAUACCCUAUAAGCGAUAAAGGAGCAGUUUUUUCUUAUAACAAUGUUAUAGUUUUAUUUCAGUGGGACCAAUAGUCUCAGUGUAUACAUCACACAUUUAAAGUGCCCCCUUCCCAAUUCUGGUAACUGUAGUUUCAUAAGGGGAAUUGUGACUCUAUGAGGGGUUAACUGCGCUUCCAGGAUUCAUUGGGUGGGUGCUCUAAAUGUAUGGUGUGUACACAAUCCUAGAAUACUUUCUUGGGAGUAAGUCUAAUAUGAUUCAAUGUUGUUACUUCUGAGUAGGCAUGCAUGGGACUGCCCUGCAAUUUCAUGAAUUUAAGGAGGAAAUUGGCUGAUUUAUUAGUAUUUAUUUAUUAGAAUUGGUAUCGGUCUCUCCACAAAAUAGCUGACAGCGCUCUCUCUUUAUAUAAGACAUUUCAUUGAUAUACAUACUAAGGCAACACUUUUGGUGUUUUACUAUAUUUGAUCAUAUUUGCACAUCUCCCUUCUGUGUGUGCUCUUUCAUCUCCAAGGGGAGAAGAACAACAAUAAAAAAAAGUUUCUGGUUAAUAUGAAGGAAUUUUCCUACCUUCCAGCUAUUUUCAUAUAGUAGCUAAAGGUGAUGCACAGUUCAUAGCAACUGCAUGCUACCUUCUGGUUUUUAAUUUCAAAAUGCAUAAUUCUGCCCCCACCCUCACGAAAGUAUUACAUUAAAAAUACCACAACAAAACUAAUUGCCCCGAGUAAACAUAUGUAUAGAGAGAAGGUUCCAAACAGUACAGCUAUCUGCAAAAGUCUCAAGCAGCAUUUUAAAAGCCUCAAGGGAGUAAGAUCUAAAGUAACAGGCUGAUUAAUGUGCUUGGAAGAAAAACUGCAAAAAUAACUUUUAUUUAGCCUGUUUUGAAAUCACAGCCGCAAAGAAGUAACUGAUCCACUGUCAUUAAGCUGAAAAUCUUAAAGCCUGGGGGCACAAUUAACAAUCACAUGCACACCUGCUGCCUCAAAUCUGUCUUUUGAAAUCAAGAGUAAAGGGACUGCAGAGUUUUAUCAAGGGAACAAAAAAACAUUUGAGAUUCUAAGGUUUCUCUCCUGUAGGGUCCUAGUUCAAAUUUAGUCAAGUGGGUGAGGGGCUGGAGUCUCUGUAUGUUGUCCAGGGCUGCAUACACACCAUACUUUUAAAACAUAUAACUCCCCCCAACCCAAAAUUGAGGGAACUGUUGUUACCCCUCACAGAGCUACAGUUGCCGACACCCUUAAGAAACUAUAGUUCCAACAAUUCAUCAACAGGAAGUCAUGUAUUUUAAAUGCUUGGUGUAUACAUCCCAUAUUAUAACUUAGUAAAAGGUAAAGGGACCCCUGACCAUUAGGUCCAGUCAUGACUGACUCUGGGGUUGCGGCGCUCAUCUCGCUUUAAUGGCCGAGGGAGCCGGCGUACAGCUUCCAGGUCAUGUGGCCAGCAUGACUAAGCCACUUCUGUUGAACCAGAGCAGUGCAUGGAAACGCCGUUUACCUUCCCCCCGGAGCGGUACCUAUUUAUCUACUUGCACUUUGUCGUGCUUUCGAACUGCUAGGUUGGCAGGAGCAGGGACCGAGCAACGGGAGCUCACCCCGUCGCAGGGAUUUGAACCGCCAACCUUCUGAUCAGCUCUGUGGUUUAACCCACAGCACCACCCACGUCCCAAUAUUAUAACUUGGGAGAGAGCAAAUCCUCAACAGGGCUUUAUCUUUUCGAGCCACACUUCUGAUUGUGAGGAUCACUUGUGAUUAUUCAAAACAAAGGCAAAGAUCUGGUUUUGCAUCUGUGUGCACACGCAAGUGUGCUUGAAGUACACUCUACCACUCCAUAACUCUUAUCAUAUCCACUGGUCUGGAAGGGGGAAUGGGUACUCCAAAUGUUGCAAAUAAAAAACAACAACAACACUUAUAAGGGCUCUGGAAAGUCCUUUGUUUCUAAUCUGGACAUAUGAACAUUUCAGUUAAUACUAUUUAUCUCACCACCUUGUAAAAGCAUUACAGGGGAGGCAGUGCCUCUCCAGUUGGUGUGCACUGCAAAAAGAAUCAGUGAAAUAUGUCUUUGGCUCCCUAGUGACAGAAGGAGGAGCCCCUGAUGUAGGAUGCUCCACGUGAGAGCUAGGAAGCAAGGUAGCCCUGUUGAGACAUAGGCUGUCCAGCUGUUUUAUAUAUUGAUGAGUUUCUUUGGCAUGGGUUUUGUUGGUUCCUGGAGGGAUUGAAAGUGCAAGCUUGUGUUGUGCUUUGCUUAUGUUGACUGAAGUGGUUUAGUAGCUUUGCCGCUUUUUCAUCCUAGCUCAUUUCCCUCUUUCCUUUCCUUUUCCUCCUCCCAUUGGUUCCAAAAGGAAAAAUGGAUAAGGGAAAACAGGUCAUAGGCUACCCACCCACCCAGCAUCUUCUGCCCUGCUGGCAUGAGUCCAAUAGGACUUGGGAAGUGUUGGUAGAUCUACCAUAAACUCUCUCACCUCCAUAGGAUAGCUCUGCUCAUGAUCUUGGCUUUCUCUGGAAACUUCAGGGAGGGCUGUAGCUCACUGGUAGAGCAUCUUCUUUACACACAAAGGUCCCUGGCUCAAUCCCUGGCGUCUCAAGCUGGGGUGAGGAAUGUCUCCCAUCUGAAUCCUGGGAAUGCUAGUCAGUGCAGAAAUUCUCAAUAUAAGGCAGCUUCCUGCCUUUCUAGAUCUGAGGCACCUCAAAAGUUCAGUUCCCAGAGUCCCUGAGCAGGUUAGCUAGUUUAAUGUUGUGGUACACAUUAGCAUUUGUGGUGGAUUUUUUUUUUUUUGUUCCUCCCUGAGAGAUGAAUGGUACUUACUUUUACAGAGGGUACUAAAAUAUAUUUCAGUAGGAAGAGGAAACAUUUUAAUUAAACACAGCAUGGGUCCCAAAAUGUCUUGACAAAAUGUCUUUCCCAGAAAAUAUAACCUAUAUGAGAACAACUGAUGAAAAUAUAACUCUUAAAAAUACCAGAUACAAAGUAAAGACACUAAUUAGUACAGUAUAAGUAAUCUCAGUACAGCAUAUACGGAGAAUGUAUGCAGAGCUGCUUCAAAGAAGACACACAGAUAUGAAAUGUGCAAGCGAUUUAUCCAACCACUUUACAUAAUUCUUGAUCACCUGUGUGUGUGUGGAUGAGCUACUAAAAAAAUUGAAAGUCUAGUCUUUAAAUAUGAACAGAAUAAUAACCAUAUUAGUUGUGAUAUAAGCAAAAGCAAUAAGCUGUGAAACAGCAAUGAUGAAGGACUAAUUAGCACUUCAAACUCAAAACUCCGAAAGCUUAAAAGAUCCCCCUGGAUAAAAAGUACAGAGGAAUUGUAUUAUUUGACUAAACUGGUGGUUUUAAUAUUGAAAUUUACAUCGGGUGUCAAUAGUAUGAAAAAAGUCAAUGGAAACAUACCUACAUUGCUACAGUAGAUGCUUGUUAUGAUUAUAUCAUUAUAUAACUAGAUCAUAUCAUCAUAUUUAAAUAUUUUUAUUUUCUAGUUUCAUCAGAACUGAUUUGGGAUCUCCCGGUGAGUUUAAACUCUGAUUUUUAUGCUGCUUUGUAUAUGGAGGGAGAAACACUUAUCGUAUUUUUCUGUGUAUAAGACUAGCCCCCCCCCCAAAAAAAAUGUCAAAAAAUUGGGGACGUCUUAUACAUGGAUAGUGCCGAGAGUGGACUGGCAAUUGAUUGUUGCCCAAAAAUAGGGGGCAUCUUAUACAUGGGGGCGUCUUCUAGACAGAAAAAUACGGCAAAUAAUUAAACCAGUGUUUGGGAUAUAUUUUGAAACAGCAAAAAUUAGCAUUAGCCAGUUGUGUGUAGUACCUUGCUUGUUUAAUGAAGAUUAAAAACCUUAUAUUAAACAGGAAUAUAUUUAUAUUUAGAUAUAAAUAUAUUUGUCUAACUACAGGAACUUAUGAUUCAAGUAUUGAAGAUUAAAUUAGAAAUAUUUUGGGGGAACUUUUUAGGGAAGAUCUAAAGGAGGGAAAUUCUAUUAAGUAAUUUAAAAUUAAGUUAAUACUCCUGUCUUAAAUAUCCCAUAGGGGCCAAUCCAGAAAAAGUAAGGAAUGUUCAGCUGAAAUCAAUAGAUCUUAAACACUUCAAUAUAAGUUUACAUCCCAUCUAUUUAAUCUCUCAGUUACAUCUACAAUGAAGCUAAGGAACCAGUUUGAACAUAACACUAAAACAUAAUUUAGCAUUACUAUAUUGAGCCACCGUGAGCCUCAGAUUGGUCAUUUCACCUUCACUAGCACAGCAGCGAAAAAUAGUUGAGAAGUUUUGGCUUCCAUUUUAGAUUAACCACAGUUUGCUAUGUCAUCUGAACUGUGGAUAAUCUUAAUGAUGGCUAAACCAGCAAACUGUUGGACUAAAUUUAGUUAAGAUUAACAAUAUUUUAGGGCAGAGGUUGCCAACCUUUUUGAACUAGUAGGCACAUUUCUAGUUUGAGCGUGUGCUGAGGCUGUCAGUCACAAAUUGAUUGCCGUGGAGAGGGCAGGACAUAAAAUGGCUGUAAUGGAAAUUGUGGAAUAAUACUAGAAUUAGAGAGAGAAGCACUCUUGACAUCCUAGGCAGCUAUAACCUCAUGUUCCUGACUGUGCAGAUCUCUCUCUCUCUCUCGGUCUCUCUCCCCCACCCACCCUACUGUUGCUAUCUAGUAACAACUAGGAGCAUUCCUCAGCACCAGGAAAAAUAUAAGAUGUAGCCACAGCACUCUCAAAACAACAUUUUAAAGCAAUACAAAAAUCCCCAAAGAAAAAACAAUACAAAUGUUUUCAAUGAUUUUGAAUCCUGAGUGAUAUUUAGGAUAUGACACCAUCUAUUAGAGUCAAAGCAAUUUUUAAACCCUGUUGUUCUUCUUCUCUCAAAUACCAUAUUGUUCUUAUCAACACAGAAUUCAAUUUGCUGUUUUUAUAUGUUAGAGAGAUCUUCUCUAAAUUUUACAGAUUUGCAUGUAUAGUGACUUUAUGUCAAAUUAGCAGACAGAAGUUUCAACAUUUUUGUACAAUCGGCAGUUUCACUUCCUCGCUAUUUACACUUCUGGCUUUACGCUGUCAUUUACUUCUGUUGAGGAAACCUUUCAUUUAAUCACCUGCUUCAUUUUGUAUCCAUUUAAAAAUACACCCUAAGCCCUCAGGAUAUUGGCAAAGAUAUGAAUGCACCUGCUCAGCUAUUGCUAUCUUAUUGCACAUUGAUGCUUACUGUAGCUCCAGCACAUUUCCAUAACUGGUGUUUGAAGCUGAGCACACAUGACACAAACCACAAUCCAUAGGUAUCCUGUAACUUCUUGAUUCAGUACUCUGUCUGAGGCGCUUUCCCUCAAACCAGUUUCCAUCUGAUUUGAGAACAGCUAAGUUGUAUACAUUUCAGGCAGCUGUUGCACUUGUGCAGAUGAAAGCACAUGUACAGAUGACACCUUCAGUGAACACAGGGGGGGAAAAGCAGGCAAUGGGCACUGGAUGAAGACAAACCAGACCCUACUCUGGUCUGCACAGCAGCAUAAGAAAGCAACUUGAAAUGCUGUGGGAGGAAGCAACCUCGUAUUCACACCAUACAUUUAAAGCACAUGGCUUUCCCCAAAUAAUCCUGGGGAAGUUUUCAAGGGUGCUGGGAUUGUAACUCUGUGAGGGAUAAGCUACUGUUCCCAGAAUUCAGUGGGGAAAGCCAUGUGCUUCGAAUAUACGGAGUGGAUGUUGCACAUUGAAAUGUGGAUCACCUUUAACCACAUACUGUUGACACCGUUAAGAUGUUCUGUUGGCUUUGUUGAGGCAUGAUGCCAUUGGUUCACAAUCUGCUGCAUACAUACAUGGAUUCAUAUGUCUUUAUAAAAUUGCUUUCCAUUUGUGUGGUACAGAAAUUAGGCCAACUGGCCUCUAAUUCCAGUUCUUUCAUUAAGAGAGAUAACAUCAUACUGGUGUUGUUUUGUAUUAAGCUCAAUUUUGCGACUUCAAAAACUGGAAUUUAGAUAGCUUGAUGAUUUUAUGACCGUUAUUACUAACCCCCGUCCUUGCAGAAGAUAUCUUAAUUCACUUGGUUUCGUUUGCCAUUGUAUGGAUUCUUAAACCCCUUCCAGCUCUUCAAGCUUCCUUUUACUUUCUGAUGCAAUGCAUGCCCACUUGUAAACUGAUUUCCUGUCUUUGCCCACUGGUUUACCACACAUAUUCCAUAACUGAGCUAUAGCAUGCGGUUAUCAGUCUAUUUUUCAGCUUCCAUCAAUUGUUACAUACAAAUGAUUUCAUGCUAAAGAUUACUAUUGUCAUUAGAGUACUAGGAAGUGAGAGAAAUCAAGUUGGUAGGUUGAUAUAUUGCAUCAGGCCAACAUUCUUUAAUGAAAAUGAAUACAUUAUUUCCAGCUUCAAGGGACUUCGUCUGAAAUAUUGCUCUCUUUACACCCAACAAAAAGUUGACUUAAUUAAAAACACCACUCCAUCUGUACUGUCUCUUGUGAGUGUUUUGCUUUAGGUUCUGCUUUGUUCACUUGCAUAUUUUCUAAACAGGAUUUGAAUUAUCAGAAAAUAAAAAAGAAAUAAUGAUGAACAAUACAAUGCAUGUUAAUGAGAACAUGAUAGACAUUCUGUAAAAUAAUUAAUUCUAUAUGGCGGAGGAAAAAUACAGUAGCUUUCCUAAUGAUUAAGUUAUAGCAUCCAGAAGAUAUCCAAUUAAAGUGGUUUAAUUGACCCUUUCAGCUUUUUGCUCACCAUGUUUGCUCCAAACAUGGAAUAAAACAUACAGAAGGUGGCACAAGCGUAUACUCCUACUUUUGAAUGUCACUUAUGAAUAAAGAAUACAUUUUAAACAGCAAUGUAGGACCAAAAAUGGGGGAGGACAGUUAUUCUGGAUUAAUUUAUGUGGAAUAAAUGUAUCUGUUGUGUGUAGCAUUAUAAAUAAACUUUUCAGAAGAGGAGAAAGCACACAGCUCAAAAAGAAAGAAGAUUUUUAUGGAGAGAGGCAGACAUAAGUUGACUCAAAGAGGUGCCAAAUUAGUUCUGUUGCCCAGUUGUGUUUCCUGAGUAGUCUCCCACAUAUUUGCAUGGCAAAGGACUUUUGAAACUAGGAGGGUGGAAAAAUCAGUUUGUGGUGUAUAGUAAAGGCAAUUGCUACAUAGGGAAGAGUAAACAAUCUUUCAGAAGAGGAGGCAGUACUGUUGAUCAAUGUUUUAUUCUGAACCAUAUUAUAAGAAAAUAUAGUAAGAGCAUUACGAAUAAUCUUUAUGUAACCUUAACUUAUCUUUUUUCUGCAGUCAACACUGCAGGAUAAAUUUCAAACUGCCAACACUAACUGCAGACUUCCGCUAUUGAUCCAAGAACUAUACAGCACCACAGAAAUGAGGGUCAGAGUAGGUUUAAACGGUGAUGUGACUAAUGCUUUUAAAAUGUCAUGAGGCGUGAAGCAAAGUUGCAUUCUGGCUCCCAUUCGUUUUAACUUUUAUAUUAAUGAUUUGGUGCCAUAUUUACCCAAUGCAAACUCCCCCUCUCCAGUAGUUAGGAGCAUAAAGAUCUCAAUCUUGGUGUAUGCGGGUGGUUUAAUACUCUUCUCCUUUUCCUGACUGGGCCUCAGCACAUACUGUAGACAGGAAAACCUAUCUAUAAAUUACUCUAAAACCAAGAUUAUGAUUUUUGACACAUUCCUAGGUAUAGAUUGUGCUUGGAUUAGCAGGCUAUAGAAUCAACUUGCUCAUUUAGAUACCUGGGUGUACUCUUUAAUAAAACCUUCUGUUGGAAGUGUUAUAUGCAUUGAUGAAGUUCUACUAUCAUAAGGGGGAGGGGGCAGCUGAUUGAACCAGCCCUAAAGAUAUUUGGUAGCCAGAGGCAUACCUAGGGUCCCUUGUAUCCUUGCUAGGAGUGGUAUUGGCACCCCCUGGGGGAAAAAAACACCACUUUACUGCAAUCGCCUCUUGCCGACAUUGCUUCCCCUCCAGCCUAUUUAUGUUCCAGCCAGCGUAAUUCUCAUCCCCUUCCUGUAAGAUCACCUAUUCUGUUGAAUGAGUGCCCAAUAACUUUCCAUCUUACAGCCAAUCAGAAGUGCAAUUUAUUACUCAGUAUAAAAAAGAACCUUGCUUCUUUCCAGACCAGUCUCAUGUAACAACCAGCUGCUAGUCAGCAAUGGAUACUUUGUAUUUUAAACUUAGCUCUUCGCAAAACUAUGGACACAUAGCGAAUUCCUAUACAGUAUGUAAAACAAAUCCAGUAAAACAUGAUCUCUCCACAGUCACAAAUGUUUUAUUUCAUGAUUUAUGAAAAGUGCAUCUUGCUUCCUAGAUGUAUUUAUAUACAUUGUAUAUGCUAUCAACAUUUUAUAUAUUUGUUAGCCAUAUUGAAUGUUUAGUAAUAUAAACAGAAAGGUAGGAUAUCAUAUGUUCAAACAAAUAAGCCAAAUAAAAAUAGAUUUAAUAUGUAAGUAGGUUCUUGGAUAAGCAUUUGCUUCGAAAGUUUGUUCAUUGAAAAUAAAUAGUCAUAUUUUUCAUAAAGUAAUGAAAUGUCUAAAGGUUUUAUAGUCUAUUGAAAAGUUGCACUUUUUCUCUGACUGUUGAAACAGUAUUUGCUUUUGGAAGUUCAAAUACAGAAGUGGGGGAGGAGAGAAUGGCAGAGUUGAGUCUGAUGGAGAAAUUCAACUCUGAAUAACAGAGUUUGAAGAUCUGUUUAUUGAACUCCCAUCCUGGGAAUGUAAGGAUGACAUUUUUUGAAAGUUACAUUUGUUUUAGUUCUGCGUGUAAGAUCUUCAAUAGAACACAGGAAGCCAAUCUAUUUUCUUUAUACUGCAUGUUGUCAUUUAAGCCACCCCUUUAUGCUCCAAAUAUUUUUCCUGCAGGCUUCCUUCUUUGCAUUUGACUCUGGUCUUAAAAUCCAAAUAUGGCUGUUCAUAUGUUGAAUAACGCUGUUCUGGAUUUGCUUCAGCAAGGCUGCAAAAAUGUCGAAUGUGGACGCAAUCCUUUGGCUUGUAAAGCUUACCCUCCGUGUUGCAGUAACAGCUAAGCAAAGAAUUACCUUUCAUAUACCAACGAAAGGUGCAUCCCUGUGUUGUCUGUCACAAAGAGAGCUUCAGCACUGGCUUCACCCCUAUUUUUAGGUCCUCCUAAUAACGUUCACCUAGGUUUUAAACAAAUGCGAUUCAUGCUACCUAUUCAUGCUUCUAUUGUGCCACUCAGCAGUUCUCUUCCCCGUCUGCUUUGUUUUGUAGCUAAGCUGGGUUCAUAUAAGCUGCUUCGAGGAGGCCAUUUCCCCUUCCCUUUGCAUAUCGCGAGUGUGCAGAGAACGCCAUUGUCUUCAUGCAAGAGAAGGGGAAACAGGCCGCGUUUUCCUUCUUCUUUUGAGCACAAAAGGACUGCUAUCUGCAACUGAAAGAUGAGCAUUGGAAGGAGGGCAAAUACAUUGCUGAUAUCAGGAGGCGGCUUCCAGACAAUGGCCGCGUGCGGCUGAUGGAUGAGCAAAGGGGGAAGAAGUGGGUGAUGUCGCCGUCAUCCCUUGGCUGAGGGAGAGGACAUGAUGGCGCCCUGUUUUGCUUCCCGGGAUGGGCUUUGCUUGUGAGUGUGUAUGUGCUUGUGUGGCACCAGGCUGUUUCAUUGGCCACCCGUGAGGGGGAAUAUGGGUGCCUCUUUGUUGGAUCUGGUAGUGUGUAUUGGUGUUAGUAAUCCACCCCCACAGCCUUCCUCUCUCUCUCUCUCUCUCUCACACACACACACAAAUAACAGGCUGGGAGGAGGAAGAGGAGGGACUCGGCCGUGUUGCCGCUGCUGCCUUCAUUACUUUGACAGAAAAACUCCCCGGCCGGCGGUUGCCGCCGAGGCAGCUUUCAUGGUACGUGAAAGCGACGAGGGGAAAAAAAAGGCGCGCAGGUCGUGGCGCCUCCUCAGCGGCAAAGAGGGGGUCGUCGGCAGCCCCCCCCCCAGGCGUCUCCUCGCGCCCCCCAAACUUCGCUGGGCCUCCGUCCUUCCGCCCCCUCUCCUGUGCGGCGCCAUAUCCCUCCGCCACAGUCACCCCGCCUUCCAUUGCUGAGCUCGUCAAACUGCCGGAGUCCCCGGAUGGAAAACUAUAAUGGCCGCCAAUUGUGACUCGUCGGACUAUGGAGACGGGCGAGGUAAUCUAGGCGCCCGGCGCUCGUGCCCAGCGUAGGGGGGGGGGGAAGGUCGCGGGGGAGUCGCGGGGCCCUGGAAGCCCAGCUAGGUAACGGGGAGGCGGGAUCCCCCCACCCCAUACGGGCGGCGGGAGGGGGCAGCUUCUUCAGCGGGACGGGCGAAUCCCGGUAGUUGGGCAGGAACCCGCCCUCUUGUUGGGCCGAGGCAUCAAAUAGUCCCGCGGUCGCGGCUUGGUUUUGGGGAGAGAGAGAGAGAGAGAGAAGUGCACCUCAUUCAAGGGGUGCGGGGGGAACUAUUGAGGGGCCGCGCGCCGUUGGCCGCGCGGCCGCUUGCGCCCCCGCGGGCAAAGGCUCGACCAACACAGCGCUCGUGUAUCCCUCCGCCUUGCCAGGAUGAGAGUUGCUGUUCGGCAGCGCCCCGUCUCCUCCUCGCGGCUUCAGCCAGGGACCCCCUUUUUAGGACGGGGGCGCGAGCAUCUUGACCCCCCCACCCCCUGUCUCCCGAAACACAGCUCAAGGGGAUCAAAAUAGCGGGGUUGGUGCCCCUGAGCGACACCUGAGGGGCCUGGCAGCGCUUCUCCCUAUGGCGCCCAAAAGUUCUAGAGGCGCCCAGGAAGCCCAACUCAACCCGAAAGGGCUUUUUUUGUGUCCAGGCAGAAAGAUGAGUUGGGUGGUCUUUUGUUUUCCCUCCAGUUUAUGGACUCCCCCAGCACCUUAAAGGUCUUGAGACCUAAAGACAGCAAGUUGGCAGGCCAGACUCCAUGGUUUCAAAACUCAACAAGGGUUAUCAUGGGCUUGACUUGGGGCAAAGGCCCUUCGCCCUUUUCAAGUGCAGAUGCUAAGCGUUGCCCUAUCUGGAUUGUGUUGAAAGGAUUAACUUGGAAAUGGCUAGGAAGCACUUCCUGCAGAAUGAGAGAGAGAGUGGAAGGGAGAUCGCUUUGUUGUUGACUGCCAUCUUGUUUUGCUUGGGUGUAGCCUUGCACUAAAAAAGACUUGCCAAGAUAAUCCUCUCUUGCUCACAACAAAGUACUGAGCUGAUUUUGGUUGCUUAUAUUUAUGAUUGUGUUACCACAGGACUGAAGUUAAGUAGCAUGCAUUGCUGCAGCUAGAAAGAAGUUAUUUGGAAAGGAAAACCAACAAAGCCAAUUGUUCAUGAAAAUUCCUUAAGAUAGUGCAAAGAUUCUUAUAUAACCAUGGAAAUGUGCUAAUCAAUUUUGUUCUCACUGGCCGUCUCACUAAAUUAUAGUGAGUGAUAUAUUACUGUAUAAUAAUAUAGUGGGAUGUACCUAUGUGGAUAAUUUGUAAGAUGGACCUGUAUUACAACUUAAGUUGAGAAAAUUCUAAAUCUGCCAGUCCAGUCUUGCUCACAUAUACUUGAGAUGUGAAAACACAAAGGCUUGGUUCUGAAAUAAGAAAGAUACUACCAGAAGUUGCAGUGUUACAAGUAGACACAUUUUAUACAAUCUAUGGAGAUAAUUUGUCUUUGCUAUUCCUUCAACUCUUGCAAAAUAUGGGCUAUUUUGUAUAGGGAAUUGAUCAGUAGACUUGAGACAUCUCUUUUAAGAAAGGUGACUACAUUGCAUGUAGGUUACAAUGCUGAACCAAGAAUGAUAGUUUGUAAGAUUGAUUUAUUGGGUUUGUUUUUUGCCAUUAAAAUAAUGCAUGUUUUGGUAACUAUAUUCUAGGCUUCAACCUGUAUAAGGAGAUACUAAAAUUGUUCUAAAUUUGAGGUUUGGGUUUUUUUGCUUUUGUUUAGGUAUAUCUGCUUUUAAUCUUUGGGCAGAGUGAUUUAGCCUGUUAAGUUCCUUCUCUGGUCCCCAUGGCACAUACCUCUGCACAGAACAGACCUCUUUCUUUGUGAAAGAUUUCAUGCUUCUGAUUGUGUACUCUGGUUUUCAAGUUGCUGCUGUCUAGAAAAUCCUAAAUUUAAACAGUUUUUUUUUACUUGUAAGUAAUCUAAUCUGGGGAAGCGGGAAGUGAGCAGAGCAGUCCUACUGGGUGGGAAAGAUCUGUGGAAGAGCGACUUCCAUUUUCAAAGCCUUGCUGGCUUUGGCAGAAGGUGAGGAAGGGGUGACCAUUUUUUCUGUUAUGGUUGCUUUCCAUUGCAGGGAAUUAGGUAUGCCAGCUCUUAGGCUACUGUAGUUUCUGGCUCCAUUUGGAGUCAUGAUGAUGGGUGAAUGAAGAAGUGUAGGAUCCUGCAGAUCCUUGGCUGCCCUCAAUGUAUGCUAAUAUCCUUCUAGUUUUGGGCCCACCACUGGUAGGGUAGCCAUGGCAGCAGAAAGCACUGUUGCCAUCCAGGGAACCACCUGACAGUGGUCCACUUCUAGAGAUACUUUAUGGUGUCUGGGGGUCCUUCCCGGGUACCACAGGAUUGCACCCUUAGUAAACUAGUGGUGUUUGCACUAUUUUAAAGUUUGCAAAAUCAAUAAGGUGCAUGUGUGUAGUGCAGUCCCCUUUGUGUUUACUCAAAAGUAGGAGUGCAGCCUUUGUUUUGUAACAUGAACAAAUUCAUUCCUGACAUCUUUUAACUAUUUUUGGAAUAUUUUGGGAAAUAGUUAGAUUUCGAGUUUCUGCAGAUAAAUAUUUGCAGGUUAAUUUACAAAUAAGCAAUGUAAAUAUUAGGUAUUAAAGAAGCUCAUUACAUGUGCUUUAAAGUUAGCUAGCAGGUUUCUAUUCCAAAGUGUAGAAGACUUGUACAGAUGUAUAAGGUUGGUGAGAUUUAGGAGAAUAAAUUAAACUUGGCAUUUCCCUAGUUUACAGUAUUUGUUUAGAAUUUCUGUCAUAGUGGGCAUUUAUUUGAUUUUGAUUAUCCUGCUAAAAGUCAGGAGUCAAAAAAUGCUACAGAUUUGUAGUCAACAAUACCAUUUUUUUAAAGGGAGUAUUAGUAAAUACUUAGUGCCAGCUAUGUGAAGAACUACAAAAACUUGCAAAACUUCUAGAUAUUGACAUAAAUCCCCCCUCCCUUUUCUGGCCAUAUUAUGAAUGACCACAUUUAGAGUAAAAUUACCUAAUUUUUUGCUGUAGGUACAUUAGGAUCAGGCACAGUUAGAUCUCAGGUGGUAGUGACUUCUAAAUUGUUCUUAUGUUUGUGUUUUUAAAAAAACAUGUUCUUUAUUUCAGGAUUUUUUGUACACUGAAUGCAAUGUCUCUUGACCCUCUGUUUUAUGCCUUUCAUCUCUUGGAAAAGAAAAGUAUUGAACAGACUACUGAAGAAUGGAUUUUUAAUCUUUUUAAACAGUAAGUUUAUUACUUAUCUGUGGCUAAAGUUAAAAAUUCACUGUGGGAGAGUUUUGUUUAAAAUAUCCUGUAUUAUCAAAUGCUGUUGAGUGAUAUCUAAUGUUAGUUACACUCAGAGUAGUACCAAAAUCAACUUAAAAUCCAUUGAUUGCAAUGAGUGUGCUCUUACUUAUUUAUUUUUAUACCGCCCUAUGCCUGUAAUUUAUAUACCACCCUAUACCCAGAGGUCUCAGGGCAGUUCACAGAAUAAUUGGAUAUCACCCGUUACAUUUAUGUAUGUGUUCAGACUUGUAAAUCACAACAUGCCUGGUUGCCUAUGUUGGUUAUUAUUAUUUAUAUAGCACCAUCUGUGUACAUGGCACUUUACAUGUUCUUACAAUCUGCAACCUAACAAAGGAAAAUAACAUAGGCAAUGAAAGCAGUGGAAAACAGGGGAAUAAGAUGCAAUUAAGUUUCUUCGGCUUAGUUACUAUAGGGUAUUAUCACUAGAAGAUUGUUCCAAAGGUGAGUUUUUAGGAGAAAUUUGAAUGAGGUAAGGGAGAUGGUUGGACACAUUCUGGGAGGUAUUUGAGGCAGCAAGGGAGAAAGGGUGGAGAAUGAGACUUUUAGACAACAGUGGGUAAUGGAGCUGAAGAUGUAAAAGCCAAAGGAAGAGAGAUGUGUUAAGAUAUAAGAGCAGAGAGAUAAUGGGGAGGAAGGCCAUGGAACUUGGAAGGAUUUGAAGAUGAGCACAAGAAAUGUAUUUAUUUAUUUGUCAGAUUUCUCACCCACCCUUCACCAUAAGUUCCCAGGGUGAGUUACAACAGUAUAAUGUGCAAUUAUUUAAAAAGGUUAAACUAUUACAAUUAUAAAACAAGUAAAACCGUUCAAAAUUGAGCAGAACAAUAUAAAUUCAGCAAAAGUGAUGGGUCCCAUGAAACAAUUAAAGGCCAGGGUAAAAGAGGUUUGUCUACAGUAUACAGCAAAAACUGUACAGUGGUACCUUGGGUUACAUACGCUUCAGGUUACAGAUUCCGCUAACCCAGAAAUAUUACCUCGGGUUAAGAACUUUGCUUCAGGAUGAGAACAGAAAUCGUGCAGCAGCAGCGUGGCGGCAGCAUGAGGCCCCAUUAGCUAAAGUGGUGCUUCAGGUUAAGAACAGUUUCAGGUUAAGAACGGACCUCUGGAACGAAUUAAGUACAUAACCAGAGGUACCACUGUAUAGUGAAGAUGCUAAAUGCAGCUCUGUAGGGAGUUCCAUAAUUUAGAGGCUGUCACAGAGAAAGUAUUCUCUUGGGUUCUAUUCCCUUACUUCUGUGGUUGGUGGAAUUACGGUGGUACCUCGGGUUAAGAACUUAAUUCGUUCUGGAGGUCCAUUCUUAACCUGAAGUACCAUUUUAGCUAAUGGGGCCUCUCGCUGCCGCCGCACGAUUUCUGUUCUCAUCCUGAAGCAAAGUUAUUAACCCGAGGUACUAUUUCUGGGUUAGCAGAGUAUUUAACCUGAAGUGUCUAUAACCUGAAGUGUCUGUAACCCGAGUUACCACUGUACUAAGAGAGCCCCCUUUGCAGAUCUUAAAAGCCUGAGAAGGUCAGUAUGGAUGGAUACAAUUUUUAAGAUACUUGGGAGCGGAGUCGUCCAGGAUCUGGAAGGGGAUAGGAAGCCAGUAUAGGGAUUUAAGAAGGAGCAUCACAUGGUCAGUUUGCCAAGGGAGGUGACAUUGUCAGCAUAAUGUUAGAUGGAGAUGAUUGGAUGAAGAUGGGACAGUGGAAGACCUGAGAUGGCAGUAGCUAAAGAAAGAAGUUACCAGGGCAGGGGCCAGAGUUUUGCUGAGGAAGCAGAGAGGAAGGGCUAUAUUUUCUGACAUUGUAAUAGAUUAUAUGAUCUGGUGAUGGACUGGAUAUAGAGGUAUCCAUUAGGUGUUGCACAAUGGCAAGGACAUGGCAUUUGAACCAAGUACAAAAUUACCUAAUGCUGCUUCCAUUUGAGAACUUCAAACAUUGCUACUAUGCUUUGAGCUAGAAAAGGAGAACAUCAACCAGUGUUGGAACCCUUGGACUUCAUUGCUUUAAUUUGGUGAACAACGUUAUAGAUAACAUAACAGCAUAUAGGAAAACAAAGACCUCUCUAGCUCUGUUUAGGUGUUAGAAUUUUCAAAUCCUGGAAGGGGAAUAGGCCCACACACUGCUGUAUGCCCAAUGUCUCUGUAUGUGCAGGAUCUACCCUCACCUUCAUGUGUUGAGUGGUAAGAUUUAAAAGGGGUUUCUAAGUGUGUUCAACCAAAAGUACUUAGAAAACCCCCUCAGACCUUCUGGUUCAAUGUGGGAAGAAGGCUGGUGCAUGCAAGAAUGUUGCUAACGGGCAACUUGCAUGACCCUGUCUUUCCUAUUUCCCCCCCAGUUCCUCGUUCAGGCAUAAUGCCUGCACAGCACUUCUGUUUAAUGAUACCCCGUGCCCCCGACAAGAGGAUUUCCCACAGCAAAACAUCUACUUAGGGGAAAGACCUGUGUUAGAAAUGUUUAGGUCUGAUACCACUGAGGCACAUAUUUUCAAAUUUCUCUCUUUUGCUCCUGAUGUAUACAUAUUAUUCCUGUGAGAGUUUAUCUUUCAGAACAUGUAGUAAGGGUUUUUUUGUUUGCUGUAUUGCAGAGUGAAGCAUCUUUUAAAAUCUACUUAA